UUCAGUCAGUGCGAGAUGGAAAGUUGUCCGCGCCGGGUGUCGUGCGUGCGCGUCGACGGCGAGCUGGCCGAGCUGCUGGCCGCCGCCGACGAGCUGCUCUUGCUGGCCGAGGCGUCCAAGAGGUCGCGCGCCCUCGACCUGCUGAUGGGGUGCGCGGUGCUGGUGCUGCUCGCCGCCGCCCUCUUCCGCCGCUCCCUCCGCCGCGUCACCAUCCCCGUCCCGUGGCGCAAACUCGCUUGCCCAGUGCCGCCUUUUAACGCCUCUAAUCCGACACGCCAGCCGAGAAAGACGAGAAUGGACGACACGAUUUGGUACGACCAAAUCGAGAACGCCAUCGCCAACGGCGACUCGAAAUUCAUCAAUGAUAAUUGUAGGAAGUUUUUCGACAAGAAAUUUCCAUUGAAAUCCAUACGUCCCAUCUUUUUGCUGUGUCGGGCUCAACUGAUUAGUGGAAAAACAUCCAACAUCUUGCCAAUGAUUAAACUGGCCAGGCUGCGCUUCAAGGACGACCGCUAUGCUGAGUACUUGUUGAAAUAUAUCGACACCUACUCGUUAGACGGUGAAAUGGUCCAGAGAGCUCUGAUGAAAAUGUUGGAAAAUCCAGAGGAAACCAUUGACCUGGGUAAGGUAGACAAUCCGCCGUUGGAGGACGCCGAAGCAAUUGAAAUGAAGCCUCCAAGAGUGUUAAGCAGAGCCUACGAGGCUUUAGAGGCUGAGAAUUACGCUUUGACUGUGGAACUGUUGACUGAUUUUGAGGAGGCGGGCAAGAACGGCGCUGGCGCUGCUGAGCAACACAAAAUGGAUCUGAGUGUUAAAUUUUUGACAGCCUGGGCUCAGACCCACGUGGGCACGCAGGCUGGCUUGGCUUGCGCGCUCGACACUUUCAAAGGGCUGAUCGGCACCAAAGUGCUGCGCAGUGAAGCCGACGUCGACAACGCCGGACUGGCCGAACGAGUGCCGAUGGCCCUGCUCGGACUCGCGCUCUUGUUGCAGAAGACUUUCAGGUUCAAAUUAGGUGCGAAGGUGGUGGACAGAGGCCUCGAGAUCGUGGAGCGGAAAGGCUCAAAGUUGCCACCCUAUUAUUGGCCUUACUCGGACCACAGGCUGAAAUUCAGCGAACCGGAAUUCCUAAAGGACAGUUUUCUCGAGCUGCGGAAAAGACUGAGGGCGCCGCCAAAGCCGGACGCUGUCUGUAGAUUUGAUAGGUGCUUUGAUGUGGACCAGUCUCCCAUUCCUAUGAAAGAGAUUUAUGUAGAAGAGGCUGAGUUUAAUGGCUACACUUUGAUAAGCUGCAGCAACGCGUGUCAAAUCGCCUACCACCCGAACUGCUGGAAGACGUUCAAAGAGUCUGUGGGCAACUCUGCGAAAAUGAGAGACAAGGACAUGAUGGGCAAGGACUGCCCGACCGCGGACUGCUACCUGGAUUUGGUCUCGAAGCGGCCCAGCAGAAUCGUCAAACUGGUGCCGCACGACAAGGACAACAAGAGCAUAACCGUUCUCGAGUGGAAAGAUCCGGAGCCGAGUGUGCAAGCGGGGCCCUCUGCUCCUCCGGCCCCGCCUAAAAAGAAAAUCAAGAGAGAGCCUGCGCCCAGGCCUCCGCAGCCAAACAAGACUGUAGAAGAGAAAAAGGUGGUUGUGAAGAGCGCAAAGGUGAACAGGGGAAAUGCCGCGCCACCAUUCCUGAAAACUCCAUCUGUGGAGCAAGACGAAACAAGACUGGCUGCUUUGGUUGUUAAGGAACGAAUUCCAAAGGCGAGGGCUUCGUACAGACAACCGACUUUGCUUGACAUAGCGUGCAUUCGACCCAAAGGAAGGAGUCCACACGGGAGGCAACUCUGGUUUUUGUUCGCUUUGGACUUGUUACGAAACAGCAGCUGCGGCUCGAUAAGCAAAGACGAGCUUUUAGAAGCGUUUCAAAAGGAGACGGACAUGCUGGAAGAUCUGAAACUGAACCUGCUUCCGGGCGAGCACAAAGGUCCGAUCUCUAUAUCCGAGUUUGUGCAUCACCUGCUGCGCUCUGGCGAGUUUGGCUGCAUCGACGACCGCAUUUGUCUGGUGGAGAAGAUCGGCAAGACGAGCGAUUGGGUCGCCAACGACCUGCAGCAGCUCUACAAAACCAUGUACAAAGUUCAGUUCCUGAGUUUUCCUGCGAGGAAGACCGAGGCGAAGCCGCAGCCUCCGCCGCCGGCCAUUGUUUGCAAGACCGGCUCUGUUAACAUUCAGGACGCUGCAGAUUACAUCAACACGGAGUUCCGAAAAGUGCGCGUGGCUCCCGUGUACAAUCCUAAUGGGACCAUCGGUCAGCCGGUGUCCAAGAAGGAACCCUUGCAAAUACUUAAAUUGGAGGAAAUGAUCGAGGUGAAGGAAAAAGUCGAAGUGAAGGAAAAAGUCGAAGUGAAGGAAAAACCACGCGUUGCAGCUGUUCAACUUGAGCCCAAGGACUCAAAUUCUGUGCCGGCACCUCAGCCCGUCAUCGACAGAUUGGAGCAAGAGCUGAAGCAGUCGAAAUUGGAAAUGGGAAAUCUGAACAAACGAGUUAGCGGUCUGGAGAAUGCCCUGAGCAAGGAGUCGGUGGAUUUGCAGAGCCAAAAAAGAACUUCGGACAAACUCCAAAUGGAGCUCAAUAGGUUGAGUGUCGAGCACAAAAAGCUGAAGCAGGAGUCGAAUGACAGGGAAAAAAUGCUGAAGGAACACUUGGAGAAGGCCCGCCAGGAAAAGGAGGCGUUGGCCAAGCAGGUGAAGGAGCUCGCCAGGCAGAACUCCGCCCUGGAAAAGGAACUCAAUGAGAAGAAGAAAUCCUUCGAAAGCUCUGAAUCGGCCAAGGGUAAGAAGAAAAAGCAGGACGACAUCUGCAACUUGGCUAUCCAGAGAGUGAUCCAGCUCAUCGAGGCUCAGUGGCAAUCUAUUCGAAAGAGCUAUUUAGCGACUAAGGCAGAAAACGAGGAAUUGGUGAUGAGUCUGCUGGACACGCUGAGCGACACCUCGAAACCAAGCUACGAGGAUGCAAUGAAGAACCUGCAAGACUGGGAGUCGGUGCUGGACGGAGUGGAGACGAGCGAGCGCACCCUGCGGACGCGGCUGGACGGCGUGCGGGACAAGUCGAAGGGCUUGGAGGCGAUUUGGUCCUCGCUCAGCCAGAUCCAGGUUCCCAAGGUGGCCGACAUGCCCAAGUGCAUCGUCACGCAGGCUUGCAAGGGCAUCCUCAAACUGCAGCAGCAGCCGCCGGCGUCUCAGCCAGCCGCAUGCGCCCUACCUCCAGCCCCGCAGCCGCAUCCACCGCCGCCGCCGCCCGUCGUGGACAGCAGGAGCAACACCUCCAACUACGGAUACGCCUUUCGCAUGGACGCCCAGUACGACAUGCCCAUGCCCAGCACACACGAGAGGCACUAUUUUGACGACAGAUCAAAUGCCAGGCCCUUACUUCCGAGUGGCUUCGGCAACAAGAUGUUGAACGGUGAGGGGACGAUGCAUAGCUCGAGUCCGCCGUUGAGGAUUACGCGCGAUUGUCCAUCGCCGACGUCGUCCGUGUCUUCGACGUCGUCGGCCAACUGCUCGGAGCACUCGGCCACAUCCUUGGCUGCGGCCGCGACCUCGGCCUAUUUGGCUGCGUUGCCGUCCACUUCGGGCAUGGCGGCGCACUUCUCACCCGCUCGGGCGAUUGUCGGCAACCCCUUAAGCAGCCGGAACGUGGCACCUUCGCGCGAUCUCAUACCCAACAGCCUUCGGCAGCACGUGCAACGCGUCAACGUCAGGCCGCCUCCCAGCCUGGCUGACGCGCUGAGGAGGCCCGAACCGCCCAGCAUCCAGGUUACGCCCGCCACCAGGGUUCCUCCCAGCGACUUGAAGAUCGCCCUGUCCUUCACUGAACAGCAGCAGAAACUGAUCGCACUGCGCAAAUUGAUUCCUUACACUCCUGAGAGUGACUUCAAGCAGGCGUUGCACUGGUUGUGCCAGCGCAGAGGCGACGUCCGGUUCCUAACAGACAAGGAGCUGAGCAUCGAAGUGUGCGACGUGCUGACCGAGUUGCUGUUGAACGCCUCCGAGAAAGAAUUGUCGUCCAGCAGGCAGGACCCGUACCUGAUGCUGGAUUUGCCCUCGGACGAGCCUUGCUCCAUCUGCCUUAGCCCCUUCAGGGAGAACGACGCUCCUAUACACGUUCUCUCGUGCCAACACUUCUUCCACAACAAGUGCAUUCGAAACUGGCUGGAGACUGACACAAAGAAAAGCCAGAACUGCCCGAACUGCAGGCAGGACGUGAAGACCAGCACGACCAACACCGAGUUCCCGCCGCUCAGACUCGGCCAGCGAUAAAUUUCCUAUUACUUUGCAUCAGAGCGGAAGACACGACAUUUUUAGUUUUAAAUGUUCUGCUGCGGUUAACUAUUCGUUUAAUUUUCUCUUACGUAUACCAAAAUUGCAUUUUCCACAUCCAUCUGAGUUGUGACAUGAAAUAAAUUGUCUUCAAGAAUACUCAUCAUUUAUUCUGGUGAAAUGAAAUAAAAGACUCGAGCUGAA